AUGAGUGUGGGUCUGUGUGGAAGAAAAAGUGUGGAAGAGUGUGGGUCUGUGUGUAGAAAAGUGUGGAUCUGUGUGUGGAAGAGUGUGGGUCUGUGUGUGGAAAAGUGUGGGUCUGUGUGUGUAAAAGUGUGGGUCUGUGUGUGGAAGAGUGUCAAUCUGUGUGUAGAAAAGUGUGGGUCUGUGUGUGGAAAAGUGUGGGUGUGUGUGUGGAAGAGUGUGGGUCUGUGUGUGGAAGAGUGUGGGUGUGUGUGUGUGUGUGUGUGUGGAAGAGUGUGGGUCUGUGUAUGGAAAAGUGUGGGUCUGUGUGUGGAAAAGUGUGGGUGUGUGUGUGUGGAAGAGUGUGGGUCUGUGUAUGGAAAAGUGUGGGUCUGUGUGUGGAAAAGUGUGGGUCUGUGUGUGGAAGAGUGUCAAUCUGUGUGUAGAAAAGUGUGGGUCUGUGUGUGGGAAAAGUGUGGAUCUGUGUGUGGAAAAGUGUGGGUGUGUGUGGAAGAGUGUGGGUCUGUGUGUGGAAGAGUGUGGGUCUGUGUGUGGAAGAGUGUGGGUGUGUGUGUGUGUGUGUGUGUGGAAGAGUGUGGGUCUGUGUAUGGAAAAGUGUGGGUCUGUGUGUGGAAAAGUGUGGGUGUGUGUGUGUGUGUGUGUGUGUGUGUGUGUGUGUGUGUGGAAGAGUGUGGGUCUGUGUAUGGAAAAGUGUGGGUCUGUGUGUGGAAAAGUGUGGGUCUGUGUGUGGAAGAGUGUCAAUCUGUGUGUAGAAAAGUGUGGGUCUGUGUGUGGGAAAAGUGUGGAUCUGUGUGUGGAAAAGUGUGGGUGUGUGUGCGUGGGUCUGUGUGUAGAAAAGCGUGGAUCUGUGUGUGGAAAAGUGUGGGUGUGUGUGUGUGGAAGAGUGUGGGUCUGUGUGUGGAAGAGUGUGGGUCUGUGUGUGGAAAAGUGUGUGUUUGUGUGUGCCCUUUAUCAAGAAAGCUACUGACAUCGCAGACUUGAACAAAAUAAAA